CUCAAAUUGUUGUCACCCACUGUCCUAAUAGACGAGAUCCUCAUCACUCAAAAACUCAAAUCCCUCAUACUCAACUAUGACCUCCUCCGGCGUUGCCCUACUUCAUGCUCCACGAGAGCAUGCUUCAGGCUACUACUGCUGCAACUGUGGCUUUGGUCCAAUGCUUUGGUCGCUGUACCCAGCGUGCGUCAAUUGUGGGGCAGAAGCGUGCGCCAACUGCACAGGCACUACUCUCGCAGACCUGCUUCCGGAAGACUGCCAUGAUGAAGAGACAAUGUGAGUUUAAGUUGGUUGACAAACACAAGAAAAUGAUCCUGAACUG